AUGGAGCAGGAGAUAAUCAACGUCGGAUCAGAUAGUAUAGCACCAUCAUCACCCUAUCAAGAAGUUGAAGACAUAGAAGUAGAAACACCAGAAGAAUCAACCAGCACGAUUGAUGAACAAACUCAACGUGAGUAUCGAAUAUGGAAAAAGAAUGCACCAUUUUUAUAUGAUUAUCUUUCAACAAAUUCAUUACUCUGGCCCUCGUUGAAUGUCCAAUUCUUCCCUGAUGUAACUGAUUUAUCCCAAUCAGCUUCUGCUGUUUUAUUAGAAGAAGAGAAGGCGACCAAUCAAGAUGAAAUCGUUGCUCAAAGAUUGUUGCAUGGAACAUUUACAAUUGGACAAGCAGUUGACAGUAUUUCAAUAUUACAAAUUCCUACCUACAAGAACCUUAAUGCUAAUAUCAAGAUCAAUAAAUUGGAUUAUAAUCCAGACAAAGAAGAAUUAGAACUUUCUCCAACAGCAUCAACAAAAGUUAAAGUAUUACAGAAGAUAAAUCAUUUAGGUGAUGUUAAUAAAGUGAAAUAUAUGCCUCAGAAUCCAAAUAUUAUUGCAAGUGCUAAUAAUUUAGGCGAUUUGGUCAUAUAUGAAAGAACUAGGCAUAAAAGUUUCAAGAACACCUUGAUUGAUGAUACUGAUAUAAACAAGGUCCAAAUCCGUCUUGUUAACGAAAAGAUACCUACGAAUCAAUUAACUGAUAUUUUUGCCAUUGAUUGGAAUAAGAAUCAAGAAGGAGAAAUAUUGAGCGGUGAUAUGAAUGGCUGGAUAAAUUUACAUGAUUUAGCCAAAUAUCAAUCAGAGACUUUGAAUGAAUCUGCAUGUUUCAAACGUGAUAACAAAUCUCCGGGUAUUAAUGAUAUAGAAUGGUUCCCAACUCAUGAUGCCUUAUUCGCAGCUGCUUUCGAAGAUGGCAGUGUUGAAAUAUAUGAUAAGAGACAACAGAAUUCCACUAUGUCUAAUCACAACAUUUCUGAAAAUGGAAACCUGGGAUCUUAG